AUGUCGUUUGUAAAUAUUUGUCGUGACAACACCGAUCCGUUCUACCGUUAUAAGAUGCCUGCGAUUCAAUCAAAGGUUGAAGGUAGAGGUAAUGGUAUUAAAACUGUCAUCGUCAACGUGGCAGAAGUUGCUAGAGCUUUGGGUAGAUCGCCAGAUUAUGUUAUUAAAUAUUUUGGUCACGAGUUAGGUGCUCAAACUAAUACGGAACGUUGUUUAAUUAAUGGUAGUCAUGAUGCAAGCGAAUUGCAAGAUUCGUUAGAUGGCUUCAUUAAUAAGUUCGUUUUAUGUGCAAGUUGUAAGAAUCCAGAAACUGAAAUUCAAAUUAAAGAAAAGGAUAGACUUCAAAGAGAUUGUAAGGCAUGUGGUCAUAUUUCUGUAAUUGAUCCAAGACAUAAGUUAUACACAUAUAUUUUGAAGAAUCCACCAGCAGGCAGUGGCAAAGGUGGUAAAGGUGGUAAGAAGUCUGCGACUGCAACCGCUAACGUUGUUGGUGGUGGUAAAUCUAUUUCUGAUAUUGCUUCAGGCCAAGCUGUGAAACAAUCGCAAGACGGUGAACAAAAUGAUGAUGAUGAUAUCUUAACUAAAAAAAUCAAUGCUGAAGCAGCUGCAUUAGCCAAUGAAGCCAUUGAAGUCGCUGAUGAUGACUGGGCUGUUGAUAUGUCGAAGGAAGCGAUUGAAGCAAGAGCUAGAGAGUUAGAGGGCUUGAGUUUGAACGAAGACCAAGAAAAAUUCAAUCAGUUUGGAGAAUGGUUAUUGGAUGAAUCUAAAGAUUCAAAAGACGACUUACCAAGUGAUAUUGAUAUUUAUAAGAAGAUUGUCGAAUUAGACAUCCUUGAAAACCCUGAAACUGUUCAAGUUUUAGCUCAAACGUUAUUCGAUGAUGAUAUAAUCGAACAGAUUGAAGAACAUUUAGGUUUGUUAGCUAAAUUAAUUGAUCAUGAUUCUGACUUCGAAAAGUCAUUUUUGGGUGGUUUGGAAAGAUACUUGGGAUUAGAGAACCAAGCUUUAAUUUCUGCUCUUCCAAAAAUUUUAGUCACUAUUUAUGAUAAAGACUUGAUUAGUGAAGAAGUUAUUACUUCGUGGGGUUCCAAGGUUUCCAAGAAAUAUGUUCCAAAAGAUGUUUCAAAGAAAGUUCGUAAAGCAGCUAAACCAUUCCUUAAAUGGCUUCAAGAAGCUGAUGAAGAAAGUGACGACGAAUAA